UCUGUCUGGGGAUUGAUCCUGCUUUGAGCAGGGGGAUGGUCUAGAUGAGGUCCUUUCCCACCCUGGUAUUCUAUAAUUCUAGGGUGUCUCAAGGCUUUGGGGCAGCCAGCCCCUGCCCCACAGGGCAUGUAGUUAGAGAACAGGAAGUGGUGAGAUUGGGGGACAGGGAGGCUGGAACAGAAGCCAGUUCAGGGGUCUCAGAUCUGUGCUGCCAGUCCAUGCCUCAGUUUCCCCAGUUAUAAAGUGGGGGUGAUGGUCCUGCCUCCCCAGGGGUUUGCCAGGAUAAAUGCAUGAAAGACCGAGCAGCGCUUGUGUACUGUGGGGACCAUACAAGUGCUCCGCCCAAACGCAGCUUGCCGGGCUGAGAUCCCCUCCGUUUCUGGUCCUGGCGGGGCUUGGCUUUGCAGACUCUGGGCCAGUGCUGGGAGCAGCAGAUUUGCUCUGGGCGCCUGGCUGAGUGCACUGUCAGCAAAUAUUUAUCAGCGAAAGGGGACAAACAGCUGCCUUAUCAGCCAGUGUGGGCUAGAGUCAAUAUUUUCACCCCUCCUGUGCCUCCGUUCCCUGCGCCUCUUUGGGGAUCUCUUAUCUGCCAAAGAAAAUAAUAUUUACCUGCUGCCUGCUGCCUGCUACUGGAUGUCAUCCCCCCCUUCCCGGUGCCAUCUGUGACUCUUUGGUCCUGGCAUCUGGCAGUCUGGAUUUGGCCUGCAAUCCGCCCGUCGACCACCCCAAAUGCGCUUGGAGCUGUACCAAGCCCGGCAAGUAGGUGGGUCCUGCCCCACCGGGUCCCCUUCCUUAUUAUGAGCGGCUAAGGCCAUCGGGCAUCUCUGGAACGGGUUGUUGUUUUUUUCCCCAAGGUCUGGAUGGUGGAUCCAAGGUGGGGUUUUAAGGAAAUUGGGUGACACAGUUAGAAAGGAUCCGGGUGAAAAUUUUGGAUUCAAUUGUGGGUCUCCCCUCCACCCCUCGAGUUUGUAAAAAUUUUCCAAAUUUCCCACAUGGACCAGGAAACCUCCCAAAUCUGCCUCGUUACCAGCCCCGUGGCACAUCCUGCUCGGCUCUGUUCCCCCGACCAUCUGAUUUGGUGCCCUGCCAGCAGCUGGCAUGCGAUUUGUUGAUGCUUUUGCUGGUUGAUUAUGCAGGCAGACCUGGCUCCCAUUGGUCGGCCCGUUUGGCCAAUGAGAGCCGCCCCGGAACCUGGGGUGGCAGCACCACCGUCCACGUGCGGGACUGUGUAACACGGUGCUGACAUCAGCCGGGCGGUCGGCCAAUGCCGAGGCCGCCGGGCGUUACACAAUUGGGGGCAGCGUCUCUGCCGGAGCCACCGGGCGCUGGUGGCAUUUGGGGGGUGCCUGGCUGCAGAGGAUGCACCCUGGAGCCCUGGGCAGCCAGGAGGAACCAGCCGGCCGUGGCGGGGUUUGCAGCACCGAAGAGAGGCAGAACCCCAGAGACGUGCCGCUGUCAUUGUACAGCCUGCAACGUUUCCGACCGGCUCUGUCUCUAGCCCCGAACCCUGCGCCUCCCCACGGGCCGGGGGAUGUCCCCGGAUCCUCCCCGAUCAUGAGCGCCAGCUGCGAGCCGGGCCAGGCGCCCUUCGAGGAGGGAAGCGUGGGCGGGGCCGGCUCUGGAGCCCCCCGGCGGGCCCGGGCCACUGACGACAUGGACGCCAACAGCAACGGCUCCAGCGGCACCGAGUCGCACGGGCGGGACUCCCUGCGCAGCGACCACAGCAGCAGCGGGAACGGCAAGGACUCGGCCCUGCUGGAGACCACCGAGAGCAGCAAGAGCACCAACUCCCAGAGCCCAUCUCCCCCCAGCAGCUCCAUCGCCUACAGCCUGCUGAGCACCAGCUCCGAGCAGGACAACCCCUCCACCAGCGGCUGCAGCAGCGAGCAGUCUGCGCGGGUGAAGACCCAGAAGGAGCUGAUGAAGGCGCUGAAGGAGAUGAAGAUCCGGCUGCCCUCGGAGAAACGCGGCAAAGGCCAGUCGGGCACCUUGGCCACCUUGCAGUACGCGCUGUCCUGCGUCAAGCAGGUGCAAGCCAGCCACGACUACUACCAGCAGUGGGCCAUCGACGAGAGCCAUCCCUGCUACCUGGACGUGGCCACAUAUACCAUCGCCGAGCUGGAGGGCAUGACCUCCGAGUACACCCUGAAGAACCCCGACAUGUUCGCCGUAGCCGUCUCCUUCGUCACGGGCAAGAUCCUCUACAUCUCGGACCAGGCGGCCUUCGUCCUGCACUGCAAGAGGGACGUCUUCAAGGGGGCCACCUUCGCCGAGUUCCUGGCCCCCCAAGACGUCAGCAUCUUCUACGGCUCCACCGCCCCCUACCACCUGCCCUCCUGGAGCGCCUGCACCUCGGCCACUGUGGCCGCUGUGGACUACACCCAAGAGAAAUCAGUCUUCUGCCGGAUCAGUGGAGGCCGCGGCCGGGAGCUGUGUUACACCCCCUUCCGGCUCACCCCUUACUUGGCCAAGGUGCGCCCCGCGGCCGGCACCGAGGGCCAGCCCUGCUGCCUGCUCAUCGCCGAGCGCAUCCACUCGGGAUACGAAGCUCCCCGGAUCCCGCCCGAUAAACGGAUCUUCACCACCAGACACACCCCUAGCUGCUUGUUCCAGGACGUGGACGAGAGGGCUGCCCCCCUGCUGGGUUACCUGCCCCAGGACCUGAUUGGCACGCCCGUCCUCUUCUACCUGCACCCGGAGGACAGGCCGCUCAUGCUGGCCAUCCACAAAAAAAUUCUCCAGUGCGGCGGGCAGCCCUUCGACCACUCCCCGCUCCGGUUCUGCACCCGCCAUGGUGAGUACGUCACCAUCGACACCAGCUGGUCCAGCUUCGUCAACCCCUGGAGCCGCAAGAUCUCCUUCGUCAUGGGGCGCCACAAAGUGCGCACGGGUCCCCUCAACGAAGACGUCUUCGCGGCCCCCAAGGCACUGAAGAUGCGACCGCUGGAGCCAGACAUCCAGGAGCUCUCGGAGCAGAUCCACCGGCUGCUGCUUCAGCCUGUGCACAGCAACGGCUCCGUGGGGCUCUGUAGCAUGGCCAGCAACGCCUCCCACGAGCAGUUCCUGAGUGCGGCCUCCUCCAGCGACAGCAAUGGCCUCCUCGCCGAGGAGAUGCCGGCCCAGCGGCCGAUGACCUUCCAGCAGUUCUGCAAGGACGUGCAGAUGGUGAAGAACCAGGGCCAGCAGAUGUUUAUCGAGUCCCGCACCAAGCCUCCGGCUGCCAAGCCCCCCACCGCAGGCCUGGAGACGUCCCAGCACGGCGACAGGCCAGGCAGGGAGGCCCCGUGUGAGGCUCAGCGGGGCCCGGGCCAAGUGGUCUCUUCCGAGGAGUCCAGCAGGAAGGAGCCCUCCAGUUACUCCUACCAGCAGAUCAACUGCCUGGAUGGGAUCAUCAGGUAUCUGGAAAGCUGCAACAUCCCCAGCCGGGUGAAGCGGAAGUGCGGCUCCUCCUCGUACACUGGCUCCUCCAACUCCGACGACGACAAACAGCGGGCAGGCCGGGAGGCGGCUGGCUCGGCAAAAGAUGCGGCGGAGGAAAUGCUGCCCAGCCGGUCCAGGAGGGAGGAGGAGGAACCCGCCGCGGCGGUGGGACCCGCGCUGGCCCCGCUGGCUUUGCCCAGCAAAGCCGAAAGCGUGGUGUCCCUCACCAGUCAGUGUAGCUUCAGCAGUACCAUCGUCCACGUGGGAGAUAAGAAAGCCCCGGAAUCGGACACGGCGAUGCUGGAGGAGGGCCCCGCGCCCCCCGACCGGGAACAGUACCGCCGCGUGGGGCUCACCAAGGAGGUGCUGUCCGUGCACACCCAGCAGGAGGAACAGGCUUUUCUGACCCGCUUCCAGGAGCUCAGCCGCCUCCACGUCUUCGACGCGCCGGCCGGGCGCAGCCGGCAGGAGGGGCCGGGUGCCGAGCCAGGGCACCGUGGCCCGCGGCGGGGCGCCGGCCGGCGCGGCAAAUCCAAGGCCAAGCGUGUCAAGCAGCACCAGGCAUCUGACAGCACCGGCUCCCCGCCUCCCCCCGGCCCCUGGCCCCCCUCAGCCACCUCCCUGCCCUUCCCCACCGUGCUGCCCGUCUUCUCGUCCAGCCAGCCCCCCGCCGAACCCGCCUCCCACUUCCCCGCCCCCCUGGUGGCCCCCAUGGUGGCCCUGAUGCUCCCCAACUACGUACUGCCCCCGCCGUACUUCCCAGCCCCCUUCGGGGAGCCCUUUGGCCCCUGCCUGCGCCCCCCCCGAGGCCUCGCGCUCCACCACGCCCGAGCGGCCCGACUCGCCCCCCUUCAACUCCCGCUGCAGCUCCCCGCUCCAGCUCAACCUCCUGCAAAUGGAGGAGGCCCCCAAGGCGGCCGAGCGGCAGGAGGCGCCUGGUGGUCAGGCUGGCGGGACGCCGGGCGCUGGCGAGCUCGGCCCCCAGAAAGAAACCGGCCUGCCAGCAGCAAAAGCAGCCACACCAGCAAAUAUUUCGGCAGCAUCGACUCGUCGGAGGCGGAGCGGGCGAGGCAGCCACCGGGCAGGGUGGGGGCCGGCGAGCAGUUCAUCAAGUAUGUGCUACAGGACCCCCUCUGGCUGCUCAUGGCCAACACUGACGAGAAGGUCAUGAUGACCUACCAGCUGCCUGACCGCCCCGCGGCCGCUGUGCUGCAGGCCGACCGGGAGAAGCUGCGGGAGAUGCAGAAGCAGCAGCCGCGCUUCACGGAGGAACAGAAGAAGGAGCUGGCCGAGGUGCACCCUUGGGUGAAGAAGGGGCUGCUGCCCAAGGCCAUCAACGUCAUGGCCUGUGUGGACUGCGGCAGUAACCCGGCCUCCCCCCUGGUGCCCCUCUACGACACGGAGCCGCACGCCAUGGAGCUGAGCGCCACGCUGGAGCCCAUGGAGGAGGGCAGCGGCGCCCCCCCCUGCCUGGACAUGGCCAUGGAGGAGGAGGAGGCAGGCGCCAAGAACGCUGGCUGAGGCCCCGGCCCGCCUCGCCGCACACUGCCAGGCAGCGCCGGCUGCCCCUCGGAGCCAGGCACCCGCAUGGGAUGGACCAGAAGUGCCGGCCCGGCCUUUGCCCCGGGACUCAGCCAGGUCGAGCGCAGAGCCGAGCCAGGCCCCGCUCCGGACCUUACCCUGCCCGCGGGCGCCCCCGGAGGCCAGAGCCCUGUGCAGGGUGGAGUAUUUAUUUUUGAAAGGUGUUUUUUGUAUGAAAAGGCGGGACAAUAAACCGCAGCUGCAGC